AUGCCCCUCGUCGGCGGUUUUGCGUCAGCGGCGAGGACAUGCACCAUCCCCAUCAUGGGCCAGCAUAGGGCGAGCCAAGCGUUGGGCGUCGGCAAGGGCCAGCUGACAACCUGCUGCGACUCUGGCAGCCAAGCGCGAAUUACUGUCACCGACGAGGCGCCGAACUUACCCGCUAUGGGUUCAGCUGUCGAUACGACGCUGCGCAUGGACGAGAGCAGCCAGAGAGGCUCCCUCGCUUCAUGUCCUGUGCCAAGAGCAUCCCCUUUCUAA